UACGCCACCAACAACGUUCUGCAUGUUUUAGAAAAUGUGAUCUCUGCUUUGUAAAUAUCUCUAAGUUUUAUUCUUUUUUAUAGGAAUAUGUGUAAAAACUAAUAUUUAUAUGUCAGUUUUAAAAGUGCCAUCUGCAAAAUACCGUUUAGAUACUAUAAAACGGAUAUGCAAUCUUAAUGACAAAAGAGAAAAGAAAUCAUACCCAAGGGUGUUUAAAACAAGUUUCUAUUACGUGAUUUAAACAGGUGGGAAAUGAUAACAAUACUUCAUGUACUGACCACUAUCUUUGUUGUCACAGUACAGGCACUUAAUAUUCGUAAGACAACAGACACCGAACUACUUGGAGAUUUGACAAUACAUUGUGGAGAUGGUAUAAAUGAUAUGGUUAAUAUAACUUAUUUUGGUGAUAUAAGUGGAAUGUAUCCUGUAGAUAAAACCUUAGAAUGUAGUUCAGAAGAAAUCAUGCCCAUUCAUCAUAUUAUAUAUAAUAUUAAUGGUAGAGAUUGUGGUUUUAAGGAGAUAAAUUCAACAAGGGUAUGGUCAGUGACUAUCAGAUUACAGAAAGGAUUUUUAGUAACAGCGGAUGAUAAAGUGGUAAAUCUAGCCUGUGCUUAUGAGCAUAUUAAUUCAGCUGUAUAUAAUAUGAGCUUUCAACAAGACGAAGCUGGUAUAUAUGUACCCAGUAAUAAAGUUAAUACAGAAAACCUAUUAUUACAACCGUACCACUUAAAAGACGCAGUGUUUGAUAUUUUGUCCAAUAUUCUUCACCCCAGUCCUAAUAUAUCUAUUGAUGUCUUUGAUGAGAAAGAAAACUUAAUAACCACACUCUAUUCCAAGUCGAGUGUUUAUCUCCGGUUUAGCUUCCACAGUCUUAUAGCCUCAGCAUAUAGUCCACCUAUUAUCUACAGCUGUAAUGUAACUGAUGAUGAGACAGAACCGACGAUUAAAAGACAGAUUAUAAAAAGUGGAUGCAAUGACAAAUAUGUUCUCUCAACGGAUAAUGCAAGGACCCCAAAGAAUGUAGAGGAUAUAAUGAUUAUAUCUAGUGAAUCGGAGCUAAUCUCUAUACCAUUAUCAUGGACAGAUACAGUAGAUAGUUUAUAUUUUAUAUGUGAAGUAAUGAUCUGUGAAAAACAACUGCCUUGUAAACAGAUGUGCCCUGUUGAUACCUCCUUUCUCAAGACAGAUAGUGAAAAGGUGUACAAAAUAAAAGCUAAAAGCAAACUUCUCAAUGUUAGUCAAGAUUCAGCCCCAAAGCCACUGGACAAUCUAGAAUCAUCCAAGAGGAAAUCACAUGGUAGGUCAUCUGGAACAUAUUUGCCAUAUUUGAUUAUAACAUGUGCUCUGAUAGUUCUGCUUAUAAUAUUUGGUGUGAUAUUAGUAUGUGUCAUACGAGAACAGAUGUUAUCCAACAGGAUGAAAGAUUUGGAUAUUAUCAAUAGAAUUACCGACAUGAGAAGGCCACAGUCUUUGAUUUCAGACCUUGAGAAAAGUUUCGGAAAGGGCGAUUCGGGUAUGGCGAGUAGCAGGUCUAGUUCAAGGCCCAACUCAACAGAACCACCGCCUCCGACAGUGACCCUACGCCCCCAUGAUGCGCCAUUGAGUCCUACACACAGUACCCCUCGGAGAGUGAGUUUUACCACACGUACACAACCAGAGAGGUCUGGUGAAUUUUUUCUACAACCUGCACCAGAUCCUGUGCCUUAUCCUGUAACUUAUCCUGAAUCUUAUCCAGUACCUGGUCCCAUACCUGAUCCUGUGCCCGAGCCUUUCGCUAUACCAUUUAACAGACGCCAUGUUAAAAACUAUGUACCACCAGCACCGCCACCACCCAGUAUUCGCAACUCCAGUCCAUUUCCAGCCGGCCCACCUUCCCGAAUGGAGGUCAGUAAUUUGAGUGAUACUGUAACGACUGGACCAAACAGUAGAGAACGACAGAAUCAAAGUUUAGUUACUGGACAUCCAGUGCUAAAUGUUUCUAGAUCCAGACCGGUAACCGCUACACGACUAUAAAGUAGGGCACAUUGCAAACUACUGCCUUGUGUGUUUUAUUCUUUAGGUAGAUUCGUCUAUUUAUUCUUUUUUCUCUAAUGUAGGUCUCCGAAUAUGGCGUUACCUAUGUUGUUUGAAUGCCUAACGGAAAGGACAGAAUGUUGUGGCUAUGUGUGAAGGGUGUUUGAACUGAAACUAGUCGAAUCAGUACUGAUUUUAAAUUGUGAAGGGUGUUCUAAGUUUAAAAACUUUAUGAAGCCCUUAUAAUUACAGAAACACGUGGUAUUAUGUUGUAUUUUACUCGUGAAAACUUAAUAUUAAAAUAUUUAAGAAUGACAAUGCUAGUUACUGACAUAUCUGUAUUCUUAAAAUAUUUUAGUAAAGUUUUCAUGAAUAAGACUGCAUUUGCCUUUGUGGAAUAUGCCUAUAUCAACACACAAACACCUAAUGUUAGCGUUAUGCUAUCUUUUAUUGUAAAUUCCUGUAAGAAAUUCUGCAUUGUUAAACAUUGUAGUUGACACUGUUAUGGAAAUUUAAUGCAAUUUAAUAUGGAUGUAAAUCUCAAAUACAUCAUUAUAUCUAUUGUCCUUAGUUGCUUGGAACUUUACAUUUAACACUGUUCGAUAGCAUGUUAAAAACAAUGGAAAGUGUAACGCUGCUUGUUUGCCCAAGUUACUGACGAAUAAUUAGAAGUCUGUAUAACAGUUGAUUAAUAGCCGAAUGCUGUUGUUUUGUUCAUGUUGUGGGCAUGGGUUUACACUAUGAUAUACGGCAUUUUAUUAGGACAAAAAGCUGAAACCAAAGUAAAUAUAACGCCACUCAAGAAUAGAACAUAUAUUGGAGAAUCAAGAUGGUAUAAUUGUUGUGUAUUAUCGGGACUGUCUGACAAUCCCUUAUCUCACCCUAAUGUACAAAUCUUAUUUUCUUAAACAGUAUAUGAUUUUAAGAAUCAUUCAAUUAAUUAUGUUACCAUUUAGGCCUUUUGUUGUAAGGGGCCUAAUGGGGUGUAUUUUAUUAUAAAUUGAUGUUAUAUUCCAAGAAUAUGCAGCAAGUUGUUUGUUAUUUUAUCUUGGGCUUGUUUGGUGUUAUAAAAAAAAUAAAUUGUCAAAAAAAGAAUAAAAUGAAAAGGUCAUGAAAAUGUAAUUAUAAAAAAGA